AUGGAGGAGGUCGAUGUUGAGCCUGCAGUCACUAAUAUACCCAGUGCUGGAGUGGGCAAACAUCUAGGCUUUGCUUGGGGUCCUUGCGACAUUCUUGUAUUUGAAACUCUCCAUCAUCCCAAAGAUGCCAAAUGUUCGGGAUCUCCUUACAUUCAUGAAGUUCGGAAAGAUGAAGAUAUCCACUCUCCAAUCUUACGCAAGCUGUUUAAUGAAUCUCAUCAUAUUUUUGUCGGACUGCAAACUCUAAAAGAUGACAUUCCAAGCAAAAACAAAAAACCCCAGUUUGUCAGUGUUAGUAAAAACUACAGAUCUGUUAUACGAGCAUGUAUGGAGGAGCUUCAACAAGUAGCAGUUUCUUCCACGGAUUCUAAAGUUGCAUCGCAGUAUGGAGAUCAGCUGUCCAUUCUGUUGGCUAUUGAGCUUAUUUGGAAUUUGUGUGAGGUGCUGUUUAUUGAUGCAGCUCCUGCGGGCUCCUUGUUACUCCAUCUUCUUGACUGGGUCAGGUUGCACAAAGCCGAUGUUGAUGAGAAAACCAGAGAAGUUCUUCAAAGUGAGAGUCCAGCUGAACACCACAACUACUGGAGGGUGGUUUUGAGUUAUGUGCUGCAGGGAAGGUUGGAUGAAGCCAGGCAGAUGCUCGUAAAACAGGCCAAUCUACAACCGGCGGCCAGAAACAUGUACAUGCUCAUGGACACGCUGCUCAGCAAAAUGCCCUUCUUUAAUCCAAGUGGCAGUCAGACUUUGACAGAAUUUGAUGUGAAGUGGCGACACUGGCACGAGGAGGUCGACCGGUGCCUUCAGGACAACUCCUUUGCCAGUAGCCAACAUCUGGAAACUAUCUGCAAAAUUCUUGCGGGAGAUGAAGAUACUCUCCUGGAGCACAAGGACCUGCUCAGCACUUGGUAUCACUACAUGGUCACUAGGCUGCUUUACUGCCACCCCACUGUCAAGCCCACAGAGUUGCACUACUACGCACAGUCAUGUUUGACCAUGUUUUUGGAAACGAGCGCCCCAGAACCACUUGACAGCAUCUUAUUGGCCGCGUUUGAAUUUGACAUCCAUCAAGUCAUCAAAGACUGCAGUAUAGCUUUGAACAACUGGUGGUUUGUGGCACAUUUAACAGAUCUUCUGGAUCACUGCAAUCUCCUCCAGUCUCACAAUCUGCACUUUGGUUCCAAUUUGAGAGAGUUCCUUCUCUUGGAAUAUGCUUCUGGGCUGUUUUCUCAUCACAGCCUGUGGCAGUUGGCUGUGGACUACUUCGACCACUGUCCAGAGUUUGGUCACGUUUACCUGGAGCUGCAGAUGGAGCGUGUUCCUUUGGACACUGAGCGCAAAGCCCUGAAGGUGCUGAGGAUCUGUGAGCAGAGGAAGAUGGCCGAGCAAGUUCGCAGUAUCUGCAAGAUCAUGGCCAUGCGAGCACUAAGGAACAACCGACUGGGGUCAGCACUUUCCUGGAGCAUCAGGGCAAGAGACGCUGCUUUUGCUACACUCAUUUCUGAGAGGUUUUUGCAGGAUUACUGCUCUAAAGGGACAUUCUCUGAUCUAGAUCUGAUUGACAAUUUGGGACCAGCAAUGCUUCUCAGUGACAGGCUCACUUUUCUUGGAAAAUAUCGAGAGUUUCAUAAGCUUUAUGGAGAGAAGAGAUUCACGGAGGCAGCAUCACUUCUGCUUUCUCUCAUGACUGCAAAGAUCGCCCCUCGAAGCUUCUGGAUGACUCUGAUAACUGACGCCCUGCCGCUGCUGGAACAGAAACAAGUGAUCUUCUCCUCUGAUCAAACAUACGAGCUCAUGUACUGUUUAGAGGAGCUCACAUCAUCUUUGAACAAACCGGCCCCUGGCCCCGACCAGCACAUGCAGGACAAAGAUACUGAAGUGACCAAGGUAGAGCUGCUGCGACUGGCUUUGGCCAGAAACCUGGCCAUGGCGAUCGUCAAAGAGGGAACGGUGGAAGCAUGA